AUGGGUAAAACAGGUAAAGGAAAAGGAGGAAAGAAUAGAAGAAGAGGAAAGAGUGACAACAGUGGUCAAAAGAGAGAAUUAAUUCUUAAAGAAGAAGGUCAAGAAUAUGCUCAAAUCACCAAAAUGUUAGGUAAUGGUAGAUUAGAAGUUAUGUGUUUUGAUGGUAUAAAAAGAAUGGGACAUAUUAGAGGAAAAUUAAGAAAGAAAGUUUGGAUGGGACAAGGUGAUAUUAUAUUGGUUUGUUUAAGAGAUUUCCAAGAUGAUCAAUGUGAUGUCGUGCAUAAAUUCAAUUCUGAUGAAGCUAGAACUUUAAAGAAUAUGGGUGAAUUACCUGAAAACGCCAAGAUUAAUGAAACUGAUACUUUUGGUGCUGAUGAAGAUGAAGAUGUUAAUUUCGAAUUCGGUGCUGAUGAAGAUGAAAGUGAAGGUGCAGAUGAAUUGGAUAUCGAUGAUAUUUAA